AAUGCCAUCAGAGAAACCCCCAUUACCACCCGAAGAAGAGGCGGCCGCGGCGGGGGGGGGGGGGGGGGUGAACAGCUCCUCCCAACUCACACCGCCGCCGCCGUCUCAUUACCUCACCCCCCCGCCCCAUCAUCACCAUCACACGGCAAACCAGAAGAACCAUGGCACAGAAUCCACCUCGGCCGAGGCAUGUACCUCGACAUCAAACGCCGCCUGCCCUACUACUGGUCCGACUGGACCGACGCCUGGGAUUACCGUGUCGUGCCGGCGACGGUGUACAUGUUUUUUGCCAACAUCCUGCCCGCGUUGGCGUUCAGUCUGGACAUGCUGCACAAGACGAACGGGGAGUACGGAGUGAACGAGACGCUGUUGGCUAGUGUGCUGGGGGCGGUGGUGUUUAGUGUGGGAGCGUGCCAGCCGAUUGUGAUUGUGGGGGUUACGGGGCCGAUUACAGUUUUUAAUUAUACGGUGUAUAAUAUCAUGAAGGACUCCGGGACUUACUACCUUGGGUUCAUGUGCUGGAUUGGACUGUGGAGUUUGGUGUUUCAUUGGGUUUUGGCGGUGACGAAUUCUUGUAAUUGGCUUAGCUAUGUCACUCGCUUUCCCUGUGACAUCUUUGGCUUCUACGUCGCGCUUAUUUAUCUCCAAAAGGGCGUUCAAAUCCUCGAGACGCUCGGUGACGGCUCGCCGUUUUGGCUGUCGGUUGUUGUGUCGCUGCUUGUCUUUUGCAUUGCUUAUAUAUGUGGAGAGAUUGGCACAAAAUCCACGCUGUUCAAGCACUGGAUUAGGGUGUUUAUCAAAGACUACGGCACCCCGUUGACGGUGAUUUUUUUUACGGGGUUUGCCUACAUGGGCAGGAUGAAGAAUGUGCCUUUGGAGACGCUUCCGACAGGUGUAGCGUUUAUGCCGACGGUGGAGUCGAGGGGGUGGUUUGUUCACUUUUGGGACUUGCCGAUAGGGCACGUGUUUUUGGCGAUUCCGUUUGCGGUUUUGUUGACGGUGUUGUUUUGGUUUGAUCACAAUGCCCAAGGCUCAGAGUACCCCCUCCGCAAACCAGCCGGCUUCCACUGGGACCUCUUUCUGCUAGGCCUCACAACGGGAAUCUCGGGGCUGUUGGGCCUGCCGUUUCCUAACGGUCUGAUACCCCAAGCCCCUUUUCACACCGAGUCCCUCUGCGUAACAAAAGUCGUCACCUCUUCCUCUUCCUCGUCCUCUUCCUCUUUCGAGCAUGGCGGCAAACCCCAACUGAAAGCAACCCACGUGGUGGAACAACGCGUCUCCAACCUCGCCCAGGGGCUGAUAACACUCGUCGCUAUGACGGGCCCGCUUCUGUCGGUGCUGCAUCUCAUCCCGCAGGGGGUUCUGGCGGGGUUGUUUUUUAUUAUGGGGUUCCAGGCGCUGGAGGGGAAUGGGAUCACGCUGAAGUUGGUGUAUUUGCUUCAGGAGAGGAGGCUCAGGCCGAGGGACAGUCCGUUGAGGGGGUGUCCUGACAAGAAGAUCUGGUUGUUUGUUGGGUUGGAAUUGCUUGGGUUUGCGGCGACGUUUGCGAUUACGCAGACGGUGGCGGCGGUGGGGUUUCCGGUUUUUAUCAUUUUGUUGAUUCCGGUUAGGGCGGUGGUGCUGCCUAGGUGGUUGGGGGAGGGGGAGUUGGGGGUGCUGGAUGGGCCGACUGCGAGUGAGUUUACGAUGAUUAACUGUGGGGGGAAUAGCUUUGGGGGAAGGGCUGGGGGGAGUGGGAACGGGCAGAGGGAUCAAGGGGGGGUUUAA